AUGCUUGGUCAAACAUCAUCCACAACUCCAUCAUUUGGUGGAUUUGGGUCUGGGAGUACAAAUUCAACUGGAGGCGGAUUAUUUGGAGCAAAGGCAGGAUCUGUAGGCUCUGCGCCAAGUGGAGGUUUAUUUGGGCAAUCUAAUGCCCAACAACCUCAGCAACAACCGAACACAUCAGGAGGAUUGUUUGGUAGUAAGCCUACCGGAAGUACUGGUGGGGGGUUGUUUGGUCAAAGCAAUACUACUGGUGGGACUGGCGGGUUAUUUGGCCAGUCAAACCAACAACAACAACAGCAACAGCCUUCACUGUCGGGUGGUUUAUUUGGCAAUGCCCAAAAUCAACAACAGCAACGGCCAUCACAGCCGCAGCUGUUAGCUACCGGAGGUGGUCUUUUUGGUCAACUGAAUCAGCAACAGGCUCCAACUGGUGGCGGGCUCUUCGCUCAACAAAAUCAACAGCAACCCACCACUGGAGGGGGAUUGUUUGGGGGAUCGCUGAAUACAAAUACGGGUGGAGGAUUAUUUGGUAAGCUAAGCAAUACAACCGGUGGCUUAUUUGGUAGUGGAUUUACGUCACAGCCAAGUGGAGGUAUCAUAGGCGGUGGUAACAACACAGGCCAAUCAAGUGGUGGUUUAUUUGGCAACAACAACACAAGUACGCAAACUAGUGGGGGUCUUUUUAGCUCUAAUACAAACCAGUCUAGUGGUGGGCUAUUCGGAAAUAAACCUGCAGUUGCUAGUGGACUUUUUGGGCCAACGAGCCAACCUCAGCAACAGCAGCAACAACAACAACAACAACAAUCAAAUGCAGAACCCCAAUUAUCUGCCAUGACAAGAGUUGGCGAUCUUCCGCCAAAUAUCAAGAACGAGUUACAACAACUUGACACCUAUAUCAAUACUCAGCAUCUAAUUGCAACUACAUUAAAUUCAGAUAUGACCAAGCAUGACGACUUGAUUAAUACCAUUCCUAAAGAUAUAACGUAUUUACAAAACAAAUCACUAUCCACAAAACAAGCUCUCAAGUUUGAUACCAAUCAGCUACAAGACCUCAAAAAUAUGAAUAAUGAAAUCACUGAAGAUAUCAAUAACAUUAUGCAACUAAUAAUUCAGUUGAGUACUCCAGGAACUAGGUUAUCAAGCUCAUAUCAGUUGAACGAAUUUUUCAUAAAAAAGAUUAAAAAGUAUUACGAAGUGCUUAAUAUCUACGAAGAGACAAUUAAUGAGUUGGAGAGUGUGCUAAAUGGUUUGGAAAGAAAUUGCAGCGAAGGGUUUGGAAGUUUGGCUAGUAUUGUUCAAGUCAUUAAAUCUCAGUAUGCUCUAUUCAUGGACCUUUGUGAGACUAUGGCACAAUUACAUAAUGAAAUAAAUAGGCAAAGCAAAUAG